CCAAGAACACCACCAAAAACCCUUUCUUUCCCUUGCUGUUUGCUGCUCCGGUGUGCUCCAGCCGCUGGCUUUUGUUGCUGAUCGGAGGAUUCGCUGCUCAGGCUAGGGAUCCAGGCGCUGGCAGCGAUGGGCGGCGGGGGCGGCGGCGCGGAGGAGGAGCUGACGGCGCAGGAGACGGCGCUCUACGACCGCCAGAUCCGCGUGUGGGGCGUUGACGCCCAGAAGAGGCUAAGUAAAGCUCAUGUGCUCGUAUGCGGCGUGAACGGUACUACUACUGAGUUCUGCAAGAAUAUUGUUCUAGCAGGAGUUGGCAGUUUAUCCUUGAUGGAUGAUCAUUUAGUCACAGAGGAUGAUCUUGAGGCAAAUUUCUUAAUUCCUCAUGAUGAGAACGUAUAUGGUGGUAGAUCACGAGCUGAGGUUUGCUGUGAGUCCCUCAAAGAUUUCAAUCCAAUGGUCCGAGUUGCGGUUGAAAAGGGUGAUCCAUCACUAAUUGAUGGAGAAUUCCUUGACAAGUUUGACAUAAUUGUAGUUAGCUGCGAGUCUAUUAAAACAAAGUUGUUAAUUAAUGGCCACUGCCGGAAAAGAACCAAGCAUAUUGCAUUCUACACCAUAGAGUGCAAGGAUUCCUGUGGUGAAAUAUUUGUUGAUCUACAGAACCAUAGCUACGUUCAGAAGGUUGGAGGUGAACCCAAACCAAUGGAGCUGACAUAUCCUAGUCUUCAGGAAGCUAUCUCUGUACCCUGGAAGAAUCUACCAAGAAAAACAACUAAAUUGUACUUUGCCAUGAGAGUAUUGGAAAACUAUGAAUUAUCUGAAGGCCACAGUUGUUGUGAGGCAUCACUUUCUGAUCUACCUGCAGUUUUGGCUCUGAGGAAGGACAUGUGUGACAGAAUGUCUUUAAGUGAGUCUCAAAUUCCUACUGCUCUCCUGGAACGCCUGCUAGCAGCUGGAAAGAAGCAACAUCCUCCUGUAUGUGCAAUCCUUGGCGGCAUUCUUGGCCAGGAGGUGAUUAAGUCAAUAUCUGGUAAGGGUGAUCCAAUCAAGAAUUUCUUCUAUUACGACGCUGCUGAUGGUAAAGGGAUCGCGGAGGACAUUCCUCCCUCUUCUUCAGACUGAGCCUGUUAACUGCUUGACUCCCAUUCAGCCUGGCUUCACUAAUCAUUGUACCCAUUUAUUAGCAUCCAAUUAGAUCAGUAGCCACUUUAAGACUGAGAUGCUUAGCACUCUACUAUUUAAUAUUAAGUUGUGCCAGCUUAGAAAUGGUAUCAGAUAGAAAACUGACUUUUUGUGCCAACAAUCUUAAAGCUGAAGCCAGGAAGAUUUUGUGCUGAUUGAAGUUGGACUGCAGUGUUCUCUCUAUUCUCUUC